AUGCAUGUCAUGCAGUUAACCGGUCCCUUCGAUGCUGAGCUUCUCGGCGUGCUUCCCAAGUCACUCAAGUUUAUCUGCCACAACGGCGCUGGAUAUGACAACAUCGACAUCCCAUCUUUCACAAAAAAGGGGAUCGAAGUCUCCAGCACUCCCAGAGCUGUUAACAAUGCCACUGCAGACAUAGCUGUCUUUCUGAUGAUCGGUGCAUUAAGACAGGCGUGGAUUCCACAGCAGGCUAUUCGAGCAGGACACUGGCGAAGCGAAAUGGAGCUUGGGCAUGAUCCACAAGGGAAAGUUCUGGGUAUAUUGGGGAUGGGAGGGGUUGGUAUGCAAGUCGCUCUUCGUGCGCAAGCCUUUGGAAUGAGAAUCAUAUAUCAUAAUCGAAACCGAAUCAACCCAGAACCAGAGGGAAUGGUAUACGUCUCAUUCGACGACUUGCUUACGCAAUCCGACAUUAUCAGUCUCAACUGUUCAUUGACAGACGAGACUCGGCAUAUAAUCGGGGGACCCGAGUUCACAAAGAUGAAGAACGGUGUGAUUAUUGUUAACACUGCGAGAGGGGCUUUAAUAGAUGAGAAGGCGCUUGUGGGAGCUUUGAAAUCAGGCAAGGUCCAAUCUGUUGGCCUUGACGUCUAUGAGCACGAGCCCACAGUCGAGAAGGAGUUGCUGGAGAACCCGAGGGUCAUGUUACUUCCGCAUAUUGGGACCGUCACAUAUGAGACGCAAAGAAAUAUGGAACAGCUUGUGUUUGAUAACCUAAAGUCAUGUCUGAAGGAGGGGAAAUUGCUCACCAAGGUUCCGGAACAGAGAAUUCCUAACACAAUAUUGCUCUAA